AAUUCUUUGUCUAGGAAUGAUACAAAAACAAAGGGUAAGCACUCCCCUGUUGUGAUUGCAAGAAUCGCCUUCAGUGUUUUGGGUUGCUUGAUGUUGGGAACUUUGAUCUAUACUCUCUUAACUGAUGGUUCACCUUUCCGCAAAGAGCUACCAACUCCGUGGAUGACAGCUACACUAAUUGAUUUCUACAUAAAUGUUGUUGCUCUAUCGGUAAGUUUGGGCCGCCUACAAAGAAUCAAAUUGGAUUACAACAAUUCUCUGGAUAGCCCACUGAUAUGUUUUGGCAGCAUUACCACAUGUGCCUACAUAGUGAAGGAACUCUUUAAGCUUGCUUGGCAAGAUCCUCUGUACCUUGUUUUGAUAAAAGAAGACGAUAGGGCAGAGAACACGUAUGAAAGCAUAAAAUAA